GUGUGCUAUUGAACAAGAAGUACACCGUUUAUAUUGCUCAGCGAGCCAGCCACUGCUGAAAGCUUUCCUCUAACGUUAACCGGUAGAAAUUGUAGACUUCAUUAAAACUCAAUGUAAUGGCUGAAGAAAACAGUGCGUCUGCAAAAGGCUUCGUUGAUAGCACCGUUCACACGGACGUCAAGGAGUAUUAUGGCAAGGUGCUGAAGAACACCGCAGACCUGAAGAGCAAUGCCUGUGUGGCUCCAGCCAAGCCCAUCCCUGCUUUCAUCCGCCAGGCUCUGGGGAAAGUUCACCCUGACGUCACCGCCAGGUACUAUGGCUGUGGUCUGGUGGUGCCAGAGUGCUUGGAGGGCUGCAGGAUACUGGACCUGGGAAGUGGAAGUGGGAGGGACUGCUACAUGCUAAGUCAACUUGUGGGUGAGAUGGGCCAUGUCACUGGGAUUGACAUGACUGAGAACCAGCUUGACGUUGCCAGGACAUAUGUGGACUGUCAUAUGAAAGAGUUUGGCUACAAGAAGCCCAAUGUCAGUUUUGUCCAGGGCCACAUUGAGGCCCUGACAGAAGCGGGUCUGGAAAAGAGCUCAUUUGAUAUAAUAAUUUCAAACUGUGUGGUGAAUCUCUCUCCAGACAAGAAGCGAGUACUGGCGGAAGCCUACAGUGUGCUCAAGGACGGGGGUGAGCUGUACUUCAGUGACGUCUACAGCAGUGGAAGACUAACAGAGGAAAUUAAAAACCACAAAGUGCUGUGGGGUGAGUGUCUUGGUGGAGCACUCUGGUGGAAGGAUCUGCUGCAAUUGGCUGAAGAAGUGGGCUUCAGCCCACCACGACUGGUUACAGCCAGCAUCAUCACCGUCGACAACAAAGAGCUACAGGAAGUUCUGGGCAACUUCAAGUUUGUCUCUGCCACGUACCGCCUGUUCAAGGUCCCUAAAGGCAACUUAAAGCCCUGUCAGGUCAUAUAUAACGGGGGAAUUACAGGAGUAGAGGACAACUUCCAGUUUGACUGUGAGAACACAUUCAAGGUGGAUGAAGUGGUGGAGGUUGAUGGAGAGGUGGCCACCAUCUUGACCCAUUCCAGAUUUGCGGAGGACUUCACUUUCCAGCCACUGGGAGGUCCUCGUGAGUCCUGUGGAGUCAAACCUAAGGCAGGCAUUGUGGAUCCUUUUGAGCUGGUCCAUCAGCUGGGGAAACACGGUCCAGGUUCAGCCACAGGGGGAUGCUGCAGCACACAGUCUGUUGCCUGCUGCAAAUGAUGGUGGGAAGAGCACUGAGAAAUACAGGCCCAGCAUCAUACUGUGCAUGCAUAAUAACAAUAGUUUAAAUCUACGGACUUAAUUAUG